GUAUUAUUUAUUAUUAAUAUCUAAUAUGGACUCAUCAGCUACAACAAGACGUCUUCAACAUCUCUCAAGACAUUUCAAAGCUUCCAAUAUCACCACUCCUCCAGUUCGAGUCACUGUUACAGGUGCUGCUGGAAAUAUUGGAUAUGCACUUGUCCAUAUGAUUGGAUAAGGUAGACUUCUUGGACCAAAUUAAUAAAUCAUUUUAACUCUUCUUGAAUUGCCAAUGGCCAAAGAUCAAUUGGAAGGCACUAUGAUGGAACUCAGAGACUGCGCUUUCCCCAUCCUGAAGGAAAUCAGAGGAACAACCCAAUAUGAUUAAGGCUUCAUGGGUUGUGACAUUGCUAUCUUGGUUGGUGCAAAACCAAGAGGACCAGGCAUGGAAAGAAAGGACUUGUUGGCUGCUAAUGCUCGUAUCUUCAAGGAGUAAGGAGAAGCAUUAGAAAAAUAUGCUAGCAGAAAUGUAAAGGUUUUGGUUGUAGGAAAUCCAGCCAAUACCAAUGCCUUAAUCACAGCUCAAUUUGCACCCAGCAUACCUAAAUCCAAUUUCACAGCACUCACUCGUCUGGAUCAAAACAGAGCCUCAUCGAUCAUUGCCUAAAGGGUCAGUGCCAAUGUUGAGGAUGUUAGAAAUAUUGUCAUCUGGGGUAAUCAUAGCACUACUCAAUUUGCCGAUGUUAGUCAAGCAACUGUUUAAUAGAGUGGAAUCUCAUAUACGUAUUUAUCUACUCUACUAUCGUAGUGUUCGAGGACUUGUGGCUGAUGAUGCUUGGCUCUAAAAGGCAUUCGUUGAAUAGGUGGCCAAGAGAGGUGGAGCUAUCAUUGAAAAGAGAAAGGCCUCUUCUGCUGCCUCUGCUGCAAGUGCUGUUUGUGAUCAUAUCCAUGAUUGGCUUAUUGGAACUGAUAACGGGUAAUUCAUCUAUUUAUAUUUUUCCAGCACAUUUGUAUCUAUGGGAGUUAUUACUGAUGGAAAGUUAUAUGGAAUCAAAGAAUAAGUUUGCUUUUCAUUCCCAUGCAUUUGCAAAGAUGGAAACAUCAAAGUUGUUGAAGGUUUGAAAUGGGAUCAAUUCCAAUAGUCCAUGAUCGACAAAACCUUGAAAGAAUUAUUAGAAGAAAAAGAUAUGGCGUUUUCUGUUGUAGUCACAAAAUGAAUUACGAAAAACAAUAUUAAAUCUAUAUCUUUUAUUUAAUAUCCAAA